AUGAACUGGAGUUCAGCUAUCAGCUCCUCCUUGCUCAAGUUCUGCUUCUCCACCACCUGCAGCCCUCCAUCUUGCAGGAUCUUCCGGCAGCAUGGGUCCAGGCUGUCACUGAUGAGGCUGGCUCGCAGUCCAGUUUGUGGACAUGGUGAAGGGGAAAUCUCUAACAGGGGUCGUAAACGCUCAGGGCCUUACCAGUGCCUUCUCUCCACACACCAAACCUUGGAUUGGUCUGGCAGAAGCAUUGGGCACGCUGAUGCAUGCCUGGGCUGGCUCCCCAAAAGGGACCAUCCAGGUGGUUACACAAGGAACAUCUCUGAAGAAUGCCGGGACCUGCCUGACCCUGCAGUCAUUGUCGGCCUUCUGAGAGAAGCAUUGAAGCAGGCAGACGUGAACUUGGUGAACGCUAAGCUACUGGUGAAAGAGGCUGGCCUCAAUGUCACCACAUCCCACAGCCCUGGGAUCACAGGGGAGCAGGGCAGUGGGGAAUGCCUCCUGACUGUGGCCCUGGCAGGUGCUCCUUACCAAGCUGUGGGCUUGGUCCAGGGCACCACACCAAUGCUGCAGGUGCUCAACGGAGCUGUCUUUAGGCCAGAGGUGCCACUACGCAGGGGCCAACCACUGCUCAUGUUCCGGGCUCAGCCCUCCGACCCUGUAAUGCUGCCCACUAUGAUUGGCCUCCUGGCAGAGGCGGGUGUACAGCUUGCAGGAGACUAUCGAUUUUUCUCGGGACAUAAGGUUUCCAUAGUUACAGAUGCCCCAGUGCUGGCGCCUGGGUCCGGGUACCACGCAAGCGCAUACAGCCCUAUUGGCUGCCGCGCGCCUUUGGGUUCGAACGCGAGUUCCUCCCUCCCCUUCCUUCCGCUGACCUAUCGCCUACCUCCUCGGCCUCUCCUGUGCGCUCUGGGAACCUGUGACGUAAUUUUAGCGCGCCCUCGUCGUUUGGAGUGGCGACGCGGAACAUGGCGCGUUCCUAGAAGCCGUUUUCGGCAUCAGUAG